CCAAUUGUUACGAUAGAGAUAUUAACGUUUCUUCUACUCUCACCUCUGUUGACUUCAUUCAUGUCUCAUAAUUAUGCAUUUGGAAUCAAUUGUGAACGUCAUUUUUACCAUGAUACGAUGCCACGAACCAAUCUCAAUGCCGUCAAAUCCGAUUACAUAUCCCCGAUACUCGAUCGCCCCGUAAAGAGGGUCAUCCGCGCAAACCGGUUCUUUUUCAUGAGCAUGUUUUAUUUUUUCGAUCCCACUCCAAGUUUUUUUCAUCAUGACUUUGUGAUUGCCGAGCUAUUUCCGUGCGCCUCCGUUGCUCCGGCGGCGUGUGCGGGACCUGCGGCGAUCGGCGGGCAGUGUACUUGUCUGAUUUUUUGGAGAUUUUGCUUUUUUACCCCUGACAUGAAAAUGAGGUGAGGUCUCAUUGACAGCUGUUGGAGAAAUUUUAAGCCACCGUGGCUUGCGGUUGGGGUUCGGUGUGACGUGAUGAGACAUGGAGGUGAGGAAAACAGAGUGAUGAUGUUGUGAUGAGUUUAGAUUUAUGGCAAGCUUGUCAUAAGGAUCAUCAUAAUUCUCAAAAGCCAGCUACUCUUUAGAGUAUAUUUAUAACUUUAGGGACAAAAUUGGAUCAUAAUCUUGGAUGAUAUUAUCUAAAUCUAAGGAAUUAUA